AUGAAUUACGGUAAGGCCAGUGUUCCUGAUAACCAGAUAAGCGGAGUCUCUACAGAAACAUACAGACGGAGGAUCCUGUUCGCACGAGUCAGCCACCUCGCAUGCGACAUUUUACCUGGUGAUUUAUUAGCCAAAUCGCUAGGAAAUACACCGGUUGAGAUUGCUUCAACCAUUCUGUACAAGUAUCUUUGGUCAGUACUGAUAUCUUUAGCAGAAAGCUCCGAUUACAGAACCAUGCCUAAACCGCAAUAUACUCAAAAGUUUCGAGACGCCUGGUUAAAGGACCUUAGUUUAAAAGAAUGGCUGUUGGUAAGUUGCUGUACAUUCAUAGCUGAAACCAAUUUCAGUCCUAUGCACAAUAGUACCAUAUAUUUCCAGGAAGCCUAA